AUGGAGAUUUCAUCAAAAGAAAAUACUCACUUUUUCUCAAACAACACAGUCUUGCCUGUGGACCGGUCUUCAUUCAAAUCUGAAUCAUCCGCAUCCAAGGAAAAACAGUCGUGUUGUGGAGGUAUAAAGAUAUUUCUUGUUGCAUUGUCUUUUGUUUAUUUUGCUAAAGCACUGUCAGGAAGUUAUCUAAAAAGCACUAUCACACAAAUAGAAAGAAGAUUUGACAUCCCUUCCUCUUUGGUUGGUGUUAUUGAUGGAAGUUUUGAAAUUGGGAACCUCCUGAUCAUAAUUCUAGUGAGCUACUUUGGAGCAAAGCUUCAUAGGCCAAGAAUAAUUGGAGCAGGCUGCUUAAUUAUGUCAGCUGGAACAUUCCUAAUCGCAAUGCCCCAGUUCUUCAUGGGACGAUACCGGUAUGAAAGAUUCCCUUCCACCAUCAAUUCGACUGUUAGCCUCUCUCCAUGUCUGCAGGAUAAAAGCCAAACUCCACUCUCAGCCUUGGAGAAACCUCAAGCAAAAAUAAAUGCAGGGUGUGAAAAGGAAGCAGGCUCCUACAUGUGGAUCUACGUUUUACUCGGAAAUCUUUUGCGUGGAAUAGGUGAAACCCCCAUCCAGCCCCUGGGAAUUGCAUACAUUGAUGAUUAUGCUCUUGAAGAGAAUGCUGCCUUAUAUAUUGGCUGUGUACAGACAGCUGCAAUUAUAGGGCCAAUAUUUGGCUUUCUCCUGGGAUCCCUCUGUGCCAAACUUUACGUUGACAUUGGCUUUGUAGACCUGGACAGAGUCACAAUAAGUCCCAAGGACGUGCAGUGGGUGGGAGCGUGGUGGCUGGGGUACCUGAUAGCUGGGGUCAUCAGCGUCCUGGCCGGCAUCCCCUUCUGGUUCCUGCCCAAGCACCUCCCAAAACCUGAGAGCAGGAAGGACUCCAGCACCUCUUCUGAGCACUCAAAGUUCAUUGAGGAGAGCAAGGACCAACCCACAUCCUAUUGGCAACAAGCGAAGCUGGCAGAGAUGGCAAAAGAAUUCUUGCCAUCACUGAAGAACCUCUUUGGGAAUCCAGUUUACAUUCUGUAUUUGUGUGCAAGUAUCAUUCAGUUCAAUUCUUUAAUUGGCAUGGUGACAUAUAAGCCAAAGUAUAUUGAACAACAGUAUGGGCAGACAUCUUCAAAAACUAACUUUGUUAUAGGUCUAAUUAACAUUCCUGCUGUGGCCUUUGGCAUAUUCUCUGGAGGACUGAUCAUGAAAAAAUUCGGAAUCGGUGUUUUAGGGGCUGCAAAACUUUCCUUGGGAUCAUCUUUCUUUGGUUACCUUUUGCUCCUCUCGUUGUUUGCGAUGGGCUGUGAGAACUCGGACGUGGCCGGGCUGACUGUGUCGUACCACGGAAGUAAACCGAUGACUGAUUACGAGCAAGCCCUGUUUUCAGAGUGCAACUCAGGCUGCUCGUGUUCCAAGGAUGACUGGGACCCCAUCUGUGGGGAGAAUGGAGUUACCUACGUUUCCGCCUGCCUCGCCGGCUGCCAGGCAUCCAACGGCAGCGGGAAAAACACCGUAUUUUUUAACUGCAGCUGCGUGGGAACCUUUGAAUCCUCACAAAGCUCCUCUGCUGUGGUGGGACCAUGUCAAAAAGGAAAUGAGUGUCCCAAAAUGUUUCUGUAUUUUCUAGUAAUAUCAGUUAUCACUUCAUACACUUUGUCAGUAGGUGGCACACCCGGAUACAUACUGCUUCUAAGAUGCAUUAAACCCCACUUGAAAUCACUUGCACUUGGUAUCUAUACCCUGGCAAUAAGAGUACUUGCUGGGAUUCCAGCCCCAGUGUAUUUCGGAGUAGCCAUAGAUACCACUUGCCUGAAAUGGGGAAGCAAAAGAUGUGGGGGAAGAGGAGCGUGCAGACUCUAUGACUCCAGUGCACUCAGGUAUGUGUACCUGGGGCUGACUUUGGUCUUGGGCACCGUGUCCAUUUUCUUCAGUGUUGCUGUCCUUUGGGUUCUCCGAAAAAGGUUUUCUCCACAAGAUGAGACCCUCUCAGCCAACGGGGAGAGAGGCACCUGUGAGACAAAGAGCAGAAAAGAUAAUUUUGUCAACAGUGACCGAAGAUGGCUUGUUUCAAGUGACCCAUUUUUUUCUGAGGGGCUCUGCACUGGCUUCUGGAUCGUCCUUGAGAAAUCUGUUCUGGUUGUAGUGGGAGUUACACAAACAGAUCACUCAGUACAGAAAUCAGUCAUGACAGUGGAAACCAAACCCAGCAAUGUCAAUGACUCCAACCAGGAAGCAGACCCUGACCAGCUUUUGGAUGAUGAAGGAAACAAAAAUCCACCAGUCAAAAAGACUUCCUCUUGCACUGGAUUGAAGGUAUUUCUGGCUGCUCUGUCAUUCAGCUACUUCAGUAAAGCCUUGUCUGGUACGAUAAUGAAAAGCUCCAUCACUCAGAUUGAGCGGAGGUUUGACCUGACGUCAUCUACCGCAGGUUUCAUCGACAGCAGCUUUGAGAUGGGCAACUUGCUGGUGAUUGCAUUUGUCAGCUAUUUUGGAGCUAAGCUCCAUAGGCCCAAAAUAAUAGCUGUGGGAUGCUUUACUAUGGCUGUGGGAUGCUUUUUAUCAGCAAUGCCUCAUUUCUUCAUGGGAUACUAUAAGUAUGAGACAGCACCACAUAAAGCUGCUUCAGCCAACUUAACUUCCAGCAUAAAUCCCUGUUCCCUACAUCAAGAUGUAAAUGACACUGUCCUGGAAGUCUCACCAUCAGGCUGUGAGAAGGAACCAUCAUCAUAUAUGUGGAUAUAUAUCUUACUGGGGAACAUGUUACGUGGGAUUGGUGAGACACCAAUAACACCCCUGGGCAUCUCUUAUCUCGAUGAUUUUGCUAAAGAAGAGAAUGUUCCUGUGUAUGUAGCGUGUUUGCACACAAUAGCCAUGAUGGGCCCGAUGUUUGGUUUCCUCUUGGGAUCUCUAUGUGCAAAACUGUAUGUGGAUAUUGGAUUUGUGGAUCCAGGGAGCAUCACUAUCACCCCACAGGAUUCCCGCUGGGUGGGUGCAUGGUGGCUUGGCUUUUUAAUAGGUGGAGCAACCAGUUUCCUAUCUGCCAUUCCAUUUUGCUUCCUGCCAAAGAGUCUGAAAAAGCCAGAGGAAGCCAAUAAGGACAAAACUUCACAUGGUCUCCUGGAAAGCACAGGUGCCAUGAAGAAUAAACUUUCUCCUGAAAAAAAGAAGCCAAGGAAGUGGUCAGUAAUGCUGAAAGAUUUCUAUAACUCCCUGAAAAAAGUACUGGGUAAUCGAAUGUACUUUACAUUUUUGUGUAGCUCACUGUUACAGUUCAGUGGUUUUAUUGGUUUCGUGACUUACAAACCAAAGUACAUGGAACAGCAGUAUGGACAAUCUACAUCCAAAUCCAACUUUCUAAUAGGAGUGACAUCCUUACCUCCUGUAGGUCUUGGCAUUUUCCUAGGAGGGCUUAUAAUGAAAAAGUAUAAAAUGAGCAUCAUUGGAGCGACAAAGUUUUCAUUUAUCAUGUCAUUUUUGUCCUAUGUCAUCAGUUUGUUACACCUCUUUGUUGGCUGUGAUAACUACGCCGUGGCAGGAAUGACAGUGUCCUAUCAAGGCAACCCCAUUCCGUACCACAACAAUUCCUUGAUUUCUGAAUGCAACUCUCACUGCAAAUGUGCCUCCAAUGUGUGGGAUCCUGUGUGUGGAGCCAAUGGAAUCACCUAUGUUUCGGCGUGCCUGGCUGGCUGCGAGAUUUCCGUAGGACAUGGAAAGAACACAGUCUUCCAUAACUGCAGAUGUCUUGAAAUCAACAGUUCAUGGGUAGGAAACAAUUCUGCCACCUUGGGGCAAUGUCCAAAAAGCGAUGAUUGUUCAAUGAAGUUCAUUUAUUACACAGUAAUACAAGUCAUAGGUGGCUUUUUCUACGCCCUGGGAGCCACUCCUGCAUACAUGAUUAUGUUUAGAUGUGUUCAGCCAGAGCUCAAAGCUCUCGCAGUUGGUCUGUACACACUCAUCAUGAGAACGCUGGCUGGGAUUCCAGCACCGGUUUAUUUCGGUGCAGCGAUCGACAAGACAUGCUUGAAAUGGGGAAGCACCAGCUGUGGGAAGCGAGGGGCUUGCAGGCUCUAUGACUCCAAUGCAAACAGGUAUGUCUUCCUUGGUUUAGGAGCAGUUUUAAGAGGUCCUUCCUACUUGGUUGGAAUAAUUUUUUAUAUAUUGCUAAAGAAACACUUUCAAAAUAAGAACUCCAAGCCUCUAGAGAAUGGACAAGAAGAUGCUGCUAUGAAUAAAGAAGACAACUGCAAGAUCAAAGAGCGUUUGCCAGGUUCUUCUGAUGCAGAGAAUGAAUCCUCUAUUUAGAAAGCAAUUUAGACCAGUGGCAUGUGAACCAGGUCAGCUUCUUUUAGAAGUGCCAUUCAAAAUGCUGUGAGUAACUAAAUAAUAAAUAAUAACCCUGUACAGAGAGCAUAACUAAUAGCAAAAUUGCAAACAACAACAAUAAACACUAACAAACAAG